GAUUAAUCGUGAAAGAUGCGUCGGGCUCGCAAGACGAGGGAUCGGCUCACGCACGUGCGAGGACACGACUUAGGGACACUUUCGAAAGGACCGGUGCGGAAAGACUUUAGUGGAGAACUCAAGGAAGUCGGUCCCAAGAUCGGAGAAGGCGCGACGAUCAAAACUCUCGCGGCAGCUCGUACGGGGGAGAUGGAGAAGAUUAAAGACGAGUUGAGGGCGAUGCUUCCGAUAUUAAAACCUUCAGAAGUGAAAAGAUUUCGUUUACCACUUCACGAAGCGAUCGUUGACGAGCUCGAAGAAGGCAACUACGAGGAAUCGGUCCGCUAUUUGAAAGAAUUAUUUGAGCUCGAUGAAGCGAUUCGUAGGGAGGCUGGUCCUGGUACCCUGACGUGGGAGAAGCCACGCUUAAAGAACACCAGGGAUGCGAUGUUGCGCCUGAAGGAAAGUCUGAUCGCCGUCGAGCGAGCCAAAAACGCCGGAAAAUACGAAGUACAAAGUACGAGAGCAAGUACGAAUAUUGUGAAUUUUCUGGAUAUAGGAGACUGCGUUUCCAUGGCCGCGGAAUUUCUGAAUACGGCGCUGUAUUUUCAAGCGAUGACCUGGGAAUGGUGGUGGGUGACAGAGCGGCUUUACCGUAGCGCUCUGGAGAACGCUAAAUUGAUCGAGGGUGAUGAUGAGCGCAUGAGCACCUUUGCACACUAUCUGUACGGCCGAUUUCUGUUCGAGCAAAUGCAGGACACGGUGCAGUCGUUGUAUCACUUAAAAGUCGCACGUGAAGCAUCUCAGGAGAAGUCGUGGAACGCGUCGAAGAUGACUGGUCGAAAAGAGGAGACUAUCUUUCGAGAAUGCAACGUACUUCUGUACAAAGCACUGCUGAUGUACGCGCAACAAGUCGGUCCUGAUCAACCGGACGUUGCCGUGAAAGCGUACACCGAAGCUCUCGCACGAGCGACGGAUUGUAAGCAACUUUUUAAAGAUAAAAAAGAUGAAGAUGAAAAUAAGAUGAGACAAAAGCUCGUUGCGAUAUCACCGGUCAUCUCCACAGCUGGGCAUUACGAAAACAGUGCGAACGUUCUGUACGAGCUGGGCAUGAGUCAGUUACGAUCGGGCGACGUGAAACUCGCUUACCGGAACUUCUCCAAGUUUCUGGCAAUGGCCAAGAGGAUCUCGAACCCGGAGGGCAUCUGCAACGCGCACAUGGCGAUGGCACUUGCGUACAAGUUACGUGUAUAUAAACGUAUACUUUUCCCGUGCCACGGUAAACGACGUACCUCUUUCGACCUAUAUUUUAGCGUCACGCGUGCAAGUUUUGAUGCGAUUUUGAUCUCGAAAAAAAUGCCAAUUUUUGACACGACUCUCACGGACGAUUCACGUUUGCAGGAAUUGGGCGACGACGCGAACACGGAAAAGCACCUCAGCCUGUUCAUGAUAAAUGCAACCGAGUCUGGACUCAUGAAAAAACUUGCACAGGCACAUUGCUGCACCGGCGAGUAUUUUCUGAGUAAGAGAAGACCAGAUAUCGCGACGUUUUAUUUAGAAAAGUCCUUCGAGUUAUACAACGAACUCGGUUUGUGCAACGACGCUGAUAAAGCACGAGCCCUUGCCGGAGUUUCGAAAGGCGAGUUACACUUCUUCAAGACGAAAACUAUAACGGAUUUACGACGGAUUUAAAAUGUCUUCGUCUUUUUAAUAGGGCAGGAAAUCAUCGAUGAAUACGUCCAUCUUAUACACCGAUGCGAAGCCGCCGAUCCGAAGGCAAUAAUGGCGCUUUGUCAGUGGAAAAAUCGUAGAAGUGUAUUUUGGACUGAAAAAAAAAAAGAAGCUGCACACUGGUAGGAGACAAUAUUCAGCGAUCAAUCGACAAAAAUUAAAUUAAAUUCUAUAAAAGAACCGCGUCUCUUGCAAUUCUUAAACUUUCUGAAAGAACCGCGUUUGAUUUACAUCACACGUAACUAUAGUUACGUGUACUAUAGUUACGUCUUUUAUAGAAUUUAAUUUAAUUUUUGUCAAUUGGUAUUAUUAUUUCAGAAGAUUCGGAGGAGCUUAGCCUCGAAAACAAAGAGGCGAUGUCUUGGUCGCAAUCCUCUCUUAGCGAUAUCACAAACACCGCAAAAUUUCAUCGAAAAAUUCGAUUUGAUGCACGAUAGCUAAUUCAAUAUUUUUUAUCUGAAUAUCUACAAUAAAUGUUCAUAAAUGACAUUCCAUUCUUUUGGUAAAGUAUUACAUGAAAAUUCAAUAUUCACAAAUUUAAUUUAAAUGUUAAUUAUAUACGUAUUAAAAAUGCAAAGAAGGAUAUUAGCAAUGCUUUUAUACAACUAAAUAAUAUAUUCUUUACACAUCAUGCGCGAUGAUGGGAUAGAUAAUUGAUUUCCAUAAUAAAGCACACACAAGUAUACUUCUUGCGAAUAAACUAAUAGAAAACUAAUAGUUUUAAGAAUAUGAAGGUGUUAUGUUAUCUGCUAAUAGUUCUUAACAACUUAAUAUUAAUUAAUAACAUGUAAUUAACAUGCAUAAUUAUCUCCAUUACCUACAUUGUAAUUAAAAGAUAGAUGUCUUACUAUCAAUGUGAAAUCUCAGAAUAUAUAUAUAUUUAAU